AUGUCGGGCAACAAUCUCCCUCCGUUGCAGCGUUUGCCACACUGGACCAGAGUGGGGUAUCUUGUGAAACCGGGUCUUCCGCGACGUUUACCGGUGAACCAACAACCACAAAAGCCAGCUGUCCCGCCGACAGUGGGGGCAGCAGAGAGGUCUGAGGACCCCCGCGUCGCGUCGCUGCGGAGGAAUAUCCAGUUCCUGCAGCGACAACACGAGGAAACUCUCGAGAAGCUCCACGCGGAGAUAGACUAUCUGAGGAGGGAGAACAAAGAGUUGAAGUAUAAAAUGAUUAUGGAGCCUCCAAGUAGAAAAGGAAGGAAACACAACCUACGAGACAUAAGACCACCCACUCAGGGCAGUGAAGGCCACGCAGCGCUCUAUCUGGAGGAGCCACUGCAGGACACUCAACCCUUACAAAAACAGCUUUUUAGCUUAGGAGAAGGCAGUAAAGCUCUGGGAUCAGCUCGGCAGGAUGGCACGAACGUGAAGCGGCGCCUCGUCACUUCCUUACAUCCUCUGCAAAUUCACAGCAUUCCUUCUCGUCCUCCACGAGCUCCCACCCUGCACGAGCGUGAGGUCAUCAUCCAGCAGCUUUACAAUGCAAAUAGUUUACAGUCUCAGGAACUUAUACGUGUAAAGGCACUGCUGAGAGAAAUCGUUCUGAGCAAGAAAAUCACCCCAGAAAGCUACAUUCUGGCUAAAUCAUACCUCACGGAUGGAGCUUGCAAAUCUGUAGAAGACAAGAAGUUGCCCAAACUCAGUCUCCAGUCUUCUCCAGAGAACACGUCAGGAACUGUUCAGUCGAGGCUCGUCCUCCCAGCCCUGAAACAGAGACUCGCCUCCAACAUCGCCGAGAGACGGAGGAGGACCGGCGCGAUGCAGACAGAUCAAUUAAAAAGGACUUUGUGGUGA